UGAAAACGUUCUAUAUGCUGAUAUCAUAUGCCAUAAUUGACAGCCACCACAAAACGGUGUCAAAUUGCUGCGCAUUCUGUAAUGUCACUCGGUUUCGCAAUAACUGAGCUAGGUUGACCGUCUGUAAAUAGCAGUCUAUCGAAAGUCUUCAGCGAACUCCACUCGCUCAACUCGUGUAUUAUAAGUUCCUCUCAAGGGACUGUCCACUUUUGGCGCACGUACCUUGAGGAAACAGGUUUGUGAGUUGUUUAAAAACUGAUUGAGUGCGUAUAUUAAUUCCUGUUUAGGCGACCUUAGAUUUUCUUUGACGGAAGUCGUGGAAUACAUCAUUUAUCUCAUCUUCCAUAACGUCAUCAAGGAAUUAUGAGAAAAAUAUCACGAACGAACAGGCCAUUUAUCGACAGCCCAUAAACCUUGCUCAUUGAAAAAAAAAACAUUGUUUCAUUGCCCAUCACUAUUUGUAUUACCUAUUACUCGAUGCAGUUGUCGAGUACAGGCCUCUGCAUUUUUUCCAUGAAAGUCCUUAUACCAAAGAUAGAGAGGUAAACAAGACGAAAUCGUUUAUAAACAAGAACAUGCCAUGCCUGUGGCGCAACCGAAAGGUCAAUGGAACCUUGCUUGCUUCGCAGCAACAAUGAAUGGUGGAGGGAACUUUUGUGAACGUUACAUGAUAUGAUGGUCAAAUAAUCUUAAUACCAUACUGUCAGAUGCAAGGUCACGAGAAAAACCUCGGACCACCAGAUGAUUUUAAACCAAUCAGAAGAUGAUUUCGAAACGACGAAUAAGACCUUUGAAAUACAUUAAAAAGUUUGACACAGUUUUUGUCUCGCAAGGUUUUCUAAGGCAACUAUCAAAUUAAGUUGACGGCUUCCACCGCGAUUUAUUCGUAAGGGAAAGGUCAAAGCCCUUCAUAAAAUCUUGAGAGCCCGAUAGGCUCCUGUUUUUAAUUGAUAUGCACCAACGUUUUAUACUUAUUUAAUCUUUUUUUUUUUUUUUUUUUUUUUUUUCGGUUUCAGCGAAAGAAGUUAAAAGGAAACUGAGAUAUCUCUAAAACCAAGAAAGACAGACACCAUGCAGACUUUAGGAAAUGACAAAGCCGACAUCCUCAAGAUGACGUGUGUAACGGCUAAACAAAUUGCCAAGGCAUCUGAAGCAACAGUUUUCUUUCUGAUUUUCAUCGGAAUCGUUAUCAACGCUACAGUCUGCGGAGCCAUGCUGAAAAACAAGUGUGUGCUAAAGAACUUGUCAAACUUUUUUGUAUUUCAUCUGUCUGUAGCAGAUUUGAUAUUUCGGUUGCUAACCGUGGGACCCUUGAUAUAUUUGAGCACAGUAUUUAGCGUAGAGGAGGGGACUAUUCCAUGCAAGCUACUACAUUUCUUCUCCUCCGCUUGUGGUGCGGCUUUUUUUGUUUCGCUUCUAGUGAUUUCUGUUGAUGUGUAUCGUGACGCGGCAUACCCUUUAAAAGGUCUCAUGUCACGCCGUACGCCCUUUGUUGUGGUUUUCGUCGUUUGGCUGUACGCUGUUGUCUGUAGUGGACCGUUAAUGUACAGCGCACAGAGUAUCCUCUAUACGCAGAUACCAGAGGCUGAUCAAAAUUUAACAGAGGAGCUAAAAAACUGUAGCGUUCCCAAACUGUGCGAUUUGUAUCGGAAUUGGAGCGGGCAGCUUUCUACUACCCUGUAUUUUCUGCUGGCUUUUACUGUUCCUCUGGUUGUCAUGGUUUUCCUGUUUGUCGUGACGUUCGUUUAUCUCAAGAAAGAUGUAAAAAAUGGUACCAUCAGUAAGGAGACUGCCAACGCGAAGAGAAAAGUCACACGCAUGCUGAGUGCACUUUCUAUGGGCGUGGUCAUCUGUUGGGGCCCUUCUGUAUUCAUCUCCAUGCUUCGAUCCUUUAACGUCCUGGCUGAAGUGCACCCCGAUAUUGUUCUGGUCCUUACAAUCAUCACGGAACUGAUGAAGUUUGUAAAUUCACUUUUCAAUCCAUUAAUUUUUGCUUGUUACAUACCCAAUUUUAGGAAAGAUUGGUUUGGGUUCUGCUCGUGCCGCAGGUGCCGAAAGCAAGAGAUGGAAACUCAGAAUCCCACGAUACAGCGGAUGCCAAUCCAAUCCACGGAAUAUCGUGACAGCCAGACAAUGAUGUGAUGCUCGACUUAGAUCGUGACAACGUGACAUACACAACUCUGAUAAUUUGGGGAAUGAGUUCAAAUAACGCAAAACUCAACACUUCUGAGUUUAGAAAACUGUUAAAUUUUGACCGUUGUUUAAUUUUUUUUAUUUAUUAUUAUUUUUUGCAACUCUUUAAAUUAACAAUUAAUGUUAGGUUUUUAUCGCCUAGAUGACAAUUUUCGUUUACUGAUUACGUUUCCGCAGUAGUACAGAAAUUAAAAUCGCAAUGUUGAGAAUUUGUCGAUUAAUACUAAACUGUCUCUUAGACGUUCCUGGUAAAGUGCGGCCUAUAAGCUUUCGCUAUAAUUCAGGCUAGAAUUUGAACAACAACAAAAAAAGGAUAUUAAACCAUGGGGCUAUGGUAUUUCAACUGUAGGGGGUAUAAAUAAUUACCAAGUCUUUCCUAGCUCUUUAAGGGUUCGCACACUUUUGAGCUGUGAAAAUUCCAGGAUUUCCCACGACUCUUUGGAAAAUGCCAUGUAACUAAAGCAAGUGAACUGAUCGGCUUAUUCCAAACGGGGGGUUGUCCUGGUGUACCGGUACACGGGGGAAUUCCUAUUGUUUUCAUAUCCAUACAUGGAGUUGUGACGCAGUUCGUUAAUGUUUCGUUCCUUUGUGUACCGGUACACGAGGACACAACCCCAAACGGCACACAAACAUGCAUGUCACAAAUAAAUCGAGUGCUAAAAAAAGCGUCCGCGAGCAUGGAAAGUGUGAUGUUUAUUUGUAUAGGUAAUCACAUGAUUUCGAGUGCAAUUUGGAAUAAAUAAGCACGAGUAAAUUUUUUCAAAGACUAACAAAAUUGCACGAGCCUGUAUAUUAUUACAAGGUAAAGAGAACUAUGUUUUGGCAGUGUUGCUUCAUUGAAUAGUACUUUGUUCAACGGGGAAUGGUUGAAAAAAUCAAACAAAACCUGACAAUAAAGUUGAUUUAGAAAUUAGUCAUAAGACACCAUUUUCCAAGCAAAAUUUCUUUAUU